GUAGGAAGAAAUAGUGAUUCUUUGCCUAGAUUAGCUAGGAGAGAGAGGGCGAGUGAGUGAAUUGCGUCCGAGGUGGGAGAGACCAACGCGGUUAUCUAGGCUGAGCUUGAGUCGGCGGUUCGUCCAUGCAUAUCCAGUGAAAUGAGCUGCUGGUCUGCAUAUGACACGCUCCAUGCAGAUUCUGCCCCCCCAACAUUGAUUAUUAAAUACAUUGUAGACGAUCCUAAUUGUUAUUUUAUUCCAUGAUCGCGGUAUGACUUGUCGUGAUUUGAUAGUUUGAUGGGGCUCUUACGGAUUAUGAUGCCGCCCAAGUUUCAGCUCCUGGCGGUCUUGGCGUUUGGAGUGGCGAUGCUUUUCCUGGAGAACCAAGUCCAGAAACUGGAGGAAUCUCGGGGCAAGCUAGAGAGGGCCAUUGCGAGGCAUGAAGUGCGGGAGAUCGAACAGCGCCACACCAUGGACGGCACCAAAGAUGUGGUUUUAGAUGAGAGUGAUGAUGUCGUCAUUAUUUACAACCGGGUCCCUAAAACUGCAAGCACCUCCUUCACAAACAUUGCCUACGACCUGUGCGGCAAAAACAAAUACCACGUCCUGCACAUCAACACCACCAAAAACAACCCUGUGAUGUCCUUGCAAGACCAGGUUCGAUUCGUGAAGAAUGUAACGUCUUGGAAGGAGAUGAAGCCUGGAUUCUACCAUGGACACGUAGCCUUUUUAGACUUUACAAAGUUUGGAGGGAAGAAGAAGCCCAUCUACAUCAAUGUAAUCCGGGAUCCUAUCGAGCGCUUGGUGUCCUAUUAUUACUUCCUACGCUUCGGGGAUGAUUACAGGCCAGGGCUUCGGAGGAGAAAGCAAGGAGAUAAAAAGACCUUCGAUGAGUGCGUCUCGUUUGCAGGCUCGGACUGCGCUGCAGAGAAGCUUUGGCUUCAGAUCCCCUUCUUCUGUGGCCACAACUCUGAAUGCUGGAAUGUCGGAAGCAGAUGGGCUCUGGAACAAGCCAAAUACAACCUGAUUAAUGAGUACCUGCUGGUUGGCGUGACCGAGGAGUUGGAGGAUUUCAUCAUGAUGCUGGAGGCUGCGUUACCGCGCUUCUUCAGAGGAGCUGCCGAACUCUACCGCACAGGAAAGAAAUCGCAUCUGAGAAAGACGUCUGAGAAGAAGCCACCCACAAAGGAGUCGAUCGCGAAGCUCCAGCAGUCCGACAUCUGGAAAAUGGAGAACGAGUUCUACGAGUUUGCACUGGAACAGUUUCAGUUUAUCAGAGCGCACGCCGUGCGGGAAAAGGACGGGGAGCUGUACCUCCUCGCUCAGAACUUUUUCUACGAAAAGAUCUACCCCAAGAUGAAUUAGAGUGCCAGGCUAAGGAGAUAGGCAGCACUGGUAUCAUUUCAUGUGAACCUGGGAGGGAGAAGGCAGAACGGGCACUGCUAAGGACACCAGGACUAGUCUCUAAACUCUGAUCUGUCUAUGGAGGCCAUUGCCAAACAUUCACUGUACCAUUGAUACAAACUCUUCCAUUUCUGUAGCAGUUCUCCUGUGUCAGGCUUAAGAAAGUCAUAUAUGUAUGUGAACAAACAUGGAACAGUCAGUUUACAGAAAUCCAUCAGGUUUAUUCAUAUUGGACUUGCACAAUUUACUGCUGUCGUCUCCUGCUUGUUACUCUGUUUUCUGAUCUUGGGAGAGAUGCACAUUUUGUCUGUCCUGUCCAACCUUUUAACAGCAAGCUGAUGCAUUAUUAUAAACAGUGACAUCUUGCAAAGAGUGUGAUGAAGUUGAGUGGACUCUGUGUACCAAGACUCUUCCUGUCACUUUGACAAGAGUCCCGUUUUCAUUUAGUAUUUUUUUAUUUGUAUUUUUUUGGCAGGGGUGUUUUUAAUUUCACUAAGGUGGGAGCAGCUGGACAGUUUAACUGGCCCCAAUAACAGGGAAAGGAAUUUGGAGCUUUUCAAACUUGAGUUCAAAGAUGCCAAUGCUGAACACAGUCUGGAACAGGAGAUGGAGAGAUAUGCCAUGGUCAGCUUUUGGAUGUAUCAACAUUUCAAUAAUAAAAACAGCUACCAAAAAAUGAGGCUGGCUGCAAAAGCCGUGCCAACAUUGGUUGGACAUUCUGUUAGCGGUCCCAUUGGGGGGGGGAGUGGGAGACACAGCUGUUUACAGACACGUGAUCCACUGUGUGAACAGGAGUUUUGUCUUCUGUUAACUAAUUGUGGUACUGUGUGUGUGUUUGUUUUGUUUCAUCCCCCACUGCAUCUUGUAUACCUUUACCUGUAGAAGUAUUUUUACUAGGGUGCUUUAUAAAGUGUUUCCAAGCAUUGUAAUUAAAAAAAAAAAAAAAAAAAAAAAAAAGAAAAGAAAGAAUAAUCAGCUGCUGUAUAUAUUGCAUAUUUUAUGUAUUUGGACCAAAAGGUUAUAAAAACUUUUUUUUUUUUUAUGUAUUACCAGUUUUAUUACAUGUGGUGUAUGUUAAAUCUACUAUUACUAAUAUGACAUAUCCAUUAGCAAGGUAUUUUGGGUUUUUAUAGUUCAAGUGGUAUUUGUACAUGCCUAUAUCACAUGGAAAUAUGUUUCGCUGGUUUUUAGUGUUUUUGUUGUACCAAUCGCUAUCCGAGUUUUUUUUAAUUAUUAUUGCUAGAGAUGGUAGAAAUUUUUUUGAAUUCUGUCGGGGUGAUUUUAAUGUCUGAAGUCAGUCGGUAGGUUUGCACUUGUAAACACAACUAGCUUUUUUAAUUGAACACUGGGUCAGACGUUCUACUACAUAAAGCUCAUCCCCUUGCAUUUUGAUUCUGUUUUCUGUAGUGUGUAAGCCAGUGUCUGCUAUAUCUUUUUGUGUAGAUUUGGGGGUGAUUUAUUAUUAUUUUUUUUUUAAUUUUGUCUUUUCAAGGAUUUAAAAUAACCUUCAGGAACCACAAUAUUUCUGCUUGAGGGCCCUGGAGUGAAAAUUGAUGGUGUAUGUCUUCUUGGAUGAGAUUAAAUGUAUUAAGUUACUUUCUGUAGCUUAAUCCAUUUUAAGGGGCUGUAUAGCAGAGCCAGCAGAUUCAACCUAAUGAACUUCAGCACUGUGCUUUGAUCAGCCUGUCUGCCGUGUGCUCUUCUAUCCCAGCAGGUGAUCUAAAACAUGAGUUUGGGGGGGCUUCCAUAUCGGCACAGUGAUUGAUCCUUGAACAAAAGAAACCCAGAGGGACACUUCUUGAUGCUCACAUCCCAUUGAAUUUGGCAGGCCAGAUUGCAAAUUCUUUGUUCAUUUUAUUAAGUUGUGGUCCUGUUAAAACAGCAUUGGUGAACUACAUGGCUGCUAGGAAAGUGUUAAAAAAAAAAAAUUAUAACAAUAAAUUCAAAAGGUGAUUUGAGUUAUUAUUUUUUGGCUCCCAGCAAUUUUGUAGUUACUGUAUGUGACUCUCCACAAAUAUAUUAAGAGCAGACCACUGUUUUAAGUGUUUUAAAAACAUUGGUAUACAUGGAACUACCCAUAUAUUAUUAUGUGGGGUAUAAAUUUUGAUCAUUUUUGCUGUUUUGUACUUUUGUAAGGUUAGUGUUGUAUCCGGGGCUCGCGAGAGAAGGCUUC